AUGUCUCCAGCAUCAUCACCCUUCGGCUCAACCGAGGCCCGGCAGAGCCCCGAAGCCCCGACAAACGCCGGAACGGUAUUCCCUGCGCCGGCCACCUCUCAGACCAAACCACCUCUGGAUACCCUCAUCAGCGCACAUGACUUCGAGGCUGUGGCAUCAACCACCUUCCCCCCAAAAGCCUGGGCCUUCGUCUCGUCUGCUGCCACCGACCUUCACACCAAGCGUCGCAACGCCGAGGCCUACGCCUCCAUCACACUGCGCCCCCGCGUCCUUCGCCAGGUCGCCACGGUCGACACGAGCACGACCAUGCUCUCGCACGCCACCCGCCUGCCCCUCUUCGCGCCGCCGACGGCCAUGGCCAAGCUCGUCCAUCCCGAGGGGGAGAAGGCCCUCGGCCGCGCACUCAAGGCCUCGGGCAUGCCCCAGACCGUUUCCGUCAGCGCCAGCUUUUCCCUCGCUGACAUACUCGCCGCCCACGCCGCCCACGACGUCGCCACGCCCUACGAUGUGCCCGUCUUCUUCCAGCUCUACGUCGACAAGAACCGCGCCAACUCGGAGCGCCUCCUGCGCGACGCCCAGGCCCGCGGCGUCAAGGCCCUCGUCCUGACCGUCGACGCGCCCCUGCCCGGCAAGCGCGAGGCAGACGAGCGCGUCCGCUCCGAUGAGUCGCUGGCCUCACCCAUCUCGGGCGCUGCCGCCAAGAAUGACGCCCGUGGCGGCGCCCUCGGCCGCAUCAUGGGCAGCUACAUUGACGCCAACGUCUGCUGGGACGACAUUGCCUGGCUGCGUCGCACCGUGCCGGGGCUGCCCAUUGUGCUCAAGGGCAUCCAGACCUGGAUGGACGCCGUGCGCGCCGCCGAGCACGGCGUCGAGGCCAUCAUCGUCUCCAACCACGGCGGCCGCAGCCUCGACACGAGCCCUGCCACCAUCCUCGUCCUGCUCGAGCUGCAGAAGAACUGCCCCGACGUCUUUGACAAGAUGGAGGUCUACGUCGACGGCGGUGUCACGCGCGGCACCGACAUUUUCAAGGCUCUCUGCCUGGGCGCCAGGGGCGUCGGCGUCGGCAGGGGAUUGCUCUACGCCCUCAACUAUGGCACCGAGGGCGUCGAGCGGUAUAUCGAUAUUCUGCGCGAUGAGCUCGAGACGACGAUGAAGAUGUGUGGGGUGACCAGCUUGGACCAGGUCCAUCCCGGUUACCUUAAUACUGCGGCCGUUGAUCACCUCAUUCCUGGAAAGGAAGAGCACCCCUAUGCGAAAUGGAGACCCAGCCAGAAGAGUCGUCUGUAG